AUGCGGGCUGCUGUGGUGCUUCUGCUGCUGGUGGCUACAGCGGCCAAUGCUAAGAUAUUUAAGAGAUGUGAGCUGGCCAAGGCACUGAAGGCUGCAGGGAUGGACGGCUUUGCUGGAGCAACCUUAGCUGACUGGGUUUGUCUGGUCAAGUGGGAAUCGAACUACAACACUAAGCUGGUCAAGCCCCUCCAUCAUGCCUCAACCUACGGCCUAUUCCAGCUCAGCAGCGAGCAUUGGUGCGACGACGGCCAGACCCAUGAGACACACAACGUCUGCAAAACCAAGUGCUCAGCUUUCUUAAGCGAUAACAUCCAAGCAUCCAUUACAUGUGCCAAGCGUGUGGUCAGGAACGAACACCAUCUUGGAAAUUGGAAGGCCUGGAUUCGCCACUGCAUGGGCCAAGACCUCACCGAAUACACAAAAGGAUGUCGAGUGUGAGCAGUGCAAAGGUGCU